AUGGGGUCCAUGAAUUCAAACAACUGGCUUUCAUUUCCUCAUUCUCCUACCAAUUCUUCCAUGCCAUCACAUAUGCAUACAUCUCAAGCUCAUCAUCAAUUCAAUCUAGGGUUAGUCAAUGACAACAUUGACCACCCAUUUCAACCCCAUGAAUGGAAUCUAAUGAACACACAUGGAAGCAAUGAAGUGCCAAAGGUUGCAGAUUUUCUCGGGGUGAGCAAAUCGGAUACGCAGUCCGAUCUUGUGGUCUACAAUGAAAUUCAAGCCAAUGAAUCCGAUUAUGGCCUGUUUCAAAACAAUAGUACUCUUGUGCCUGUGCAAAAUGCUGUUGUGGGAGCUUCCGCUAACAACAACUACGAGUUUCAAGAGAAUGGUAGCAACUUGCAGUCAUUGACACUGUCUAUGGGUAGUAGUAAGGGUUCUACAUGUGAAACUAGCGGAAAGAGUAAUACUGUUCCUGUUGAAGCCGCUCCUAGGACAUUAGAUACAUUCGGUCAAAGAACAUCCAUAUAUCGAGGAGUAACAAGGCAUAGAUGGACAGGAAGGUAUGAAGCUCAUCUAUGGGAUAAUAGCUGUAGAAGGGAAGGACAAUCAAGGAAGGGUCGACAAGUGUAUCUGGGUGGGUAUGACAAAGAAGAGAAAGCAGCAAGGGCAUACGACAUGGCUGCACUCAAGUACUGGGGAACAUCCACCACAACAAAUUUCCCGAUUGGCAAUUAUGAGAAGGAACUGGAGGAGAUGAAGCACAUGACCAGACAAGAACAUGUAGCUGCCAUAAGAAGGAAGAGUAGUGGCUUUUCUAGGGGUGCGUCAAUGUAUCGUGGAGUCACAAGGCAUCACCAACAUGGACGCUGGCAAGCAAGAAUUGGUAGAGUUGCUGGAAACAAAGAUCUUUAUCUCGGAACUUUUAGCACUGAGGAGGAAGCCGCGGAAGCUUAUGACAUAGCUGCCAUCAAAUUCAGAGGUCUAAAUGCAGUGACCAACUUCGACAUGAACCGUUACGAUGUAAAAGCUAUAAUGGAGAGCAACACUCUGCCUAUUGGAGGAGGAGCCGCUAAGCGCCUCAAAGAGGCACAAGCACUUGAAUCUUCACGUAAAAGAGAAGAAAUGAUUGCUCUUGGUCCUGGUUUUCAAUAUGGAGGAAGCCCAAGCAGCUCAAUACAAACUGCAUACCCACUUGCAAUACAAACCCAAUAUGACCAAACCCCACAACCAGUUCUCACUCUACAAAACCAACACAUCUCUCAUUACCAGGACAGCUCAAGUUACCAAAACUACAUUCAAACACAACUCCAAUUGCACCAACAAAGUGGGUAUUACCAACUCCAGCAAGCAACCCAGAACCCGGUGAUCUACAAUUCUUAUAUCCAAAAUAAUCCGGCAUUACUUCAUGGAUUGAUGGACAUGGGUGGUUCUUCAUCAACUAUUGUAGACAAUAAUGGGAGUUCUAGUGGUGGAUACAGUGGAGGAGAGUAUGGGAUUGGAUUGGGAUCGAAUUCUACUGGGAGAAAUAUAGUUGGGUCUGCUCAUGAGGAUCUUGCACUUGUUAAGGUUGAUUAUGAUAUGCCUUCUGGUGCGUAUGGCAGCUGGUCCGGUGACUCCGUUCAGGGUUCGAAUAACCCAAGUUUCUUCACAAUGUGGAAUGACUGA